CUCCCACUUCCGUACUCGGCUUCCCAGCGGCGGCUGGUUUCCGGUCGGGGGCGCGGAAGAGUUCCAACUGCUUGCAAAACGGGGGCCGACGUGCAGAAACGUGCGUCCGAAUUCUCGUGUCCAACCUGUUCGGUGAGCACCGCGUACAGCGUCCUUGCGCGAGACUCCCAAAGAUGUCAACUCAAGGCCAUACCUGGGCCCGACAGGUGAAGAAGGAGAAUGAGGAAGAGGACCCGCUGGACCAGCUGAUCUCCCGUUCUGGCUGUGCUGCUUCCCAUUAUGCAGUACAGGAGUGCAUGGCCCAACACCAGGACUGGCGACAUUGUCAGCCACAGGUACAGGCCUUCAGGGACUGCAUGAGUGAACAACAGGCAAGGCGGCGGGAGGAGCUGCAGAGGAGGAAAGAGCAAGGCAGUGCCCACCACUGAGACCCCAAAACACCUACCCCAGAGAAUGGACCUCCAAAAACUAGCAUCCAGAGAGACCAUGGGAAGAAGUCCUAAACAGUCCAAGUGUGGGCCAAGAGGUAUAAAACUCGGGGAUUUUCUUUGCCCAAGACUAACGUUGAAAGCCAGGCAGCCAUGGGUUUGGACAUGACUGCUGUAAAGAGUGUCAUAUUUUCAUUGUGAGAUCCCACAUAUCCUCACCCAUCAUUUUCUACCAAUAUUAAGUAUUGACUGAUACUUGACAAGUAAAACAAAGAGUGGGGUUAAGGGAUGUUCUCUUAUCCUACAUCUUGGAUCAGUGUGCCAAGUACUUAACUAAUUACAUGGAUGUUUACUUUUAAAAGUAAAUUAACAGUCUAAGUGUAAAUUGAUUACCUAAUCGAGUCUUCAUUUAUUCAUUCAUUGGUUCAACACAUGACUGGCAAGUUUUUCUAAGACCUUUCCAUGUGCCAGGUACUGUGUGAGUGAAUAAUAUGAUCUCAUGUGAUGAAUAAUAGGAUCUCUUCCUUCAUGUUACUUAGUCUGGUUUGAGGGAUAGAAAUAAAAUAUUAGAAUAACUAAUUACUAGCUAUCAUGUAAGUGCCUUUAUCUUUCAUUAGUUGAUGUGGAUAUUUCAUUCAGUCUAAUGGAAUGAAAACAAAUGGGAAAAUAACAUUGAGUGCCUCUUAUAUGCCAGACAGAUACAGAGUCUGACCUCAACCUGCUCACAACCCAGCAAACACACAAUGUUGACCUGAUAUUUAAAAGGCACAUUUAAAAAAAAAAAAAAAAAA